AUGGCGGACCCGGUCGAGCUCAUGCGGCGCAUCUGCCUCUGUUUCCCGCCGCGGCUGUCGCCUACGCAGCGCUCCAGAGUGCCGCCGCCACAGCCGCAAUGCCUCGGGGUCUGGGCUCGCCUCCGCUUCCCAGGCUCUGCGCUGUCGCUCCGGUGCCACGCGCUCGACGCCAGCAAGCCGUCGGCGGUCAGGGGGGAGCCGAGCGAGGAGUACGACGACGAUGAGGAGCCGUACUUUUCCGUGACAUCGUCGAGGCUGUCAGAGGUGGACUACCUCGGGGAGAGCACCAAGGGGGAUUUGAACGUGCGCAGGAGGCACCUCGACGCGCUCGGUGGGAAUGGAAAGUCAACAUUGCAUGGUCCUAUAGAGGAGAUAGCUUGGAAAGAAGCGAGACAAGCUGAAACGUUACUCAGUGACCUGGGAAUUGCAGAUCCUUUAACAGUAAGGAACUCUCCUCGUGGAAUUUUCUGCACCAGGACACUAAAUCUUCGAUCUAUCAGUGUCAUUGGCUAUGACAUGGAUUAUACAUUGAUUCAUUACAACGUGAUGGCCUGGGAAGGGCGUGCAUAUGAUUAUGGGAUGGGCAACCUGAAGAGCAUGGGUUUCCUAGUAGACGACCUUGAAUUUGAUCCUGACCUGGUUAUUAGGGGUCUUAUUAUGGAUAAAGUAAAAGGAAACUUGGUAAAAGCUGACCGUUUUGGGUACAUCAAGAGGGUCAUGCACGGUACCCAAAUGUUGCCCACUCGUGCUGUGAGUGAAAUAUAUGGACGAGAGUUGGUGGACCUGCGGAAAGAAGAUACAUGGGAGUUCCUUAAUACCCUUUUCUCUGUUUCAGAAGCUGUCAUGUUCAUGCAGAUGGUUGACAAGUUGGAUCAGGGGUUGGUGCCUGCUGAACUUGGGCCACUGGAUUACAAAGGGCUGUACAAUGCUGUUUCCAAAGCACUUUUUCGAGCACAUGUAGAAGGUCAACUCAAGAGCGAAAUAAUGGCUGAGCCCGAGCGAUUUGUCGAGCCUGAUCCAGAACUGCCACUAGCUCUUCUAGAUCAAAAGGAGGCUGGAAAAAGGUUGCUUCUUAUUACUAACUCAGAUUACCACUAUACAAACAAAAUGAUGAAUCAUGCAUUCAAUCGCUUUCUUCCUAAUGAUAUGGGAUGGAGAGAUCUAUUUGAAAUGGUUAUAGUCUCCGCGAGGAAACCAGAGUUUUUCCAAAUUUCGCAUCCAUUGUACGAGGUUGUUACUGAAGAUGGUUUAUUGCGUCCCUGUUUUAAGGCAAAUUCAGGUGGCCUGUACUCUGGUGGUAGUGCUCAGAUGGUUGAGAAGUCACUAGAUAUUCAUGGGGAUGAAAUAUUAUAUGUAGGGGACCAUAUUUUUACAGAUGUGAGCCAAUCAAAGGUUCAUUUACGAUGGAGGACAGCAUUAAUAUGCCGAGAACUGGAAGAUGAGUUUGACGCACUAAUCAAAAGCCAUGCUCAGAAAGAAAAGCUUGUCACACUUAUACAACAAAAGGAAAUUGUUGGAGACCUUUUCAACCAACUUCGCCUGGCUCUGCAGAGACGCACAAAUUCACGUCCUGCACAGACGCUUGCUGCAACUUGUAUGAAUGAUCAGGAGCUUACAGAAAGUAUGCAAAAGUUGCUCAUUGUUAUGCAGAGAUUAGAUGAAAAGAUCGUGCCAUUGCUGGAAUCAGAUGGAGAACUUUUCAAUAAAAGAUGGGGUUGGCUGUCACGCGCUGGCCUAUGGGACAAGAGUCAUCUAACCAGGCAAAUUGAGAAAUAUGCUGAUAUAUACACUUCAAGGGUUUCAAACUUUCUACACUACACUCCAUUCAUGUAUUUUCGAUCACAAGAACAGACGCUUGCACACGACGUCCAUUCUUAUUCCCGCGAUCAAUAA